CGCUCUUGCUCGCGGCGGUAAACAUGGCGAACGGCUAGCGGAGUCGUUGCGUUGCAUUCAGUCCUGAAGGCUUUGGUUUUCUCUUUCAUACUCAAACAAUACAUUUUAUUUUAUUUGUGGUACCUAGAGGUGCGUGCACAAGGGGCUGUGCUCUGUGGGCUUUAUUUAAACAAAAGGGUAAAGGAAACGCACCGGCAACAUGGGGCGACGUUCAACCUCCUCCACCAAGAGUGGGAAGUUUAUGAACCCCACCGACCAGGCCAGAAAGGAGGCCAGGAAGAGGGAGUUAAAAAAGAACAAGAAGCAGAGAAUGAUGGUGAGAGCGGCGGUGCUGAAGAUGAAGGACCCCAGACAGAUAAUCAGAGACAUGGAGAAACUGGAUGAGAUGGAGUUCAACCCAGUUCAGCAGCCCCUGCUGAAUGAGAAGGUGUUGAGGGACAAGAGGAAGAAGCUGCGUGAGACAUUUGAACGCAUUGUUCGUCUGUACGAGAGAGAGAAUCCCGACACAUACAAGGAGCUACGGAAACUGGAAUUGGACUAUGAGACCAAACGGGGGCAGCUGGCUCUCUAUUUUGACUCAGUCAAGAAUGCAGAGUCAGUGGAAGUUGACAGUAUCCCUUUACCAGAUAUGCCUCAUGCCCCCUCCAACAUCCACAUCCAGGACAUCCCACUACCAGGGGCUCAGCCUCCCUCCAUACUGAAGAAGGGCUCCACUUUUGGUAAAGGGCCUCUCUCAUCAGCUUCUGGGCCAGCGUUGGCAACAGUGCCAGGUGUCCCUCGUUUACCUCCAGGGAAGAAGCCCCCUGGCCCCCCACCAGGACCCCCGCCUCCACAGGUCCUGGCACUGUAUGGCAUUCCCUCUCGACGACCUUACAGCGUCGACAUAGAGCCUUCCAUUCCUGGUUUAGAAAAGGAUUCUGCAAUGGAGAUGGGAAGAGAUCGAGAUAGUGGCAGUGACAGCGACAGAGAUCGGGAGGAUGUGGACGAAGACGACAGCGACUCUGAAGAGGACAGCGAAGAUGAGAGAGAUGACAGGGGAGAUGGUGACCAGAGAAUGAGUGUGGACAGGCAGGAUGAUGAGAGAGAAAGAGAGGAGGACAGAGACAGAAAUGAAAGGCAUGCUGGUCGCAGUGUACGUUUCGCAGAUAUGCCUCCUGAGGCACCCCGUGAAGGAAAGAGGAAGAAGAAGAGGCUGGUGAAGAAGACCAAGGCCAUUACCCCUCUGCAGGCUAUGAUGUUAAGGAUGGCAGGUCAGUCAGUUCCUGAAGAGGAGGAAGAAGAAGAGGUGGAGGAGGAAUACACAGAUGAAUCAGACAACUCGGACAUUGAGGACAGGGGACCUCCAGGGGAUAACCAGUCUCACCUCAUGGCCAAUCAGCGUCUCCCCCCUCCUGCUGGGCCAGUGGGACAGCAAGGGCCUCCACAUCUGCAAGGUCCACCAAUGGCUGGGCCUCCACCACUGGGUCCACCCCCAGCUCCUCCGAUGAGGCCUCCUGGUCCACCCUCUGGCCCGCCUCCCGGCCCACCACCCGGUGCUCCUCCAUUCUUGAGGCCUCCUGGUAUGCCUGGAGGCAUGAGGGGUCCAAUGCCUCGUCUUCUACCUCCUGGACCUCCACCAGGUCGCCCCCCUGGCCCUCCACCAGGCCCCCCUCCUGGCUUGCCUCCAGGCCCCCCACCGCGUGGACCCCCUCCCAGGCUACCACCUCCAGCACCACCAGGUAUCCCACCUCCUCCCCCAAGAGCAGGUGGGCCCCCACGUCCACUUGCCCCACCACUCUCCCUCUUCCCUCCACCUCUCAACUCCAAUGUGCUCAGUGCUCCUCCCAAUAUUGUCCAGCGGCAAAAAGGCUCAGGAUCCAGCCAGGACAGUUCACAGAGCAACUUACCACCCCCUGCCAUGCCCAUGCGAUCAGGUGUCAUGCAGAUGCCCCCUCCCCCAGGGACAGCUGCUCCCUCCACAGGCACCAAUCCAGGAAGCAACCCCCCUGGGCACCACCACGCAGCCACAAUCGAAAAGAGAGCAAACAUCACGUCUGUCGCAGCCGCAGGAGGAAGUAUGGCAGCGGGUGCCGGCUCUGGCGGGGCCACCAUCUCUGCCAAACCUCAGAUUAUCAAUCCGAAAGCAGAGGUCACCCGCUUCGUGCCCACGGCACUGAGGGUGCGUAGGGACAAGAGCGGAGCAAUGCCCGGGCCUGCUCCUGGGCCUCUGGAGAAAGCAGGGGGUGGUGUUGGAGGAAGGAGGGGAGAUGAAGGCAUCGGAGGCGGCCAGGGACAGAAACAGCAGGCAACAGCUGUCCAGAUGGGCUUGGCCAACCCAGCCCAGAUGGGUGCUGUGUCUCAGCCCAACAUGAAGACUAAGGACCAGGUGUAUGAAGCCUUUAUGAGGGAGAUGGAGGGACUCCUCUGAGGCUAAAGAGGACACUGAGGGAAAUGGUCAGUGGGGCGGUCUGAACAACUGGCGUGUAUUAGUUUUAUGUGUUUUCUCUGCGGAGUAAUAGAGGUAGUUGUCUUCAAGUCAUUCAGCUACAUCAGUUUCUCUUUAGCAAGCCAAGAAAGGCUGCUACACUCUCAACACUGGUUUCAGCAGGCUAAUCUUCAUUUGAUCUGGACUAUUAUUUGUUGUGUCUGGAAAGAAUGUGAAUUUGAUUUAUAUACACUAAAUCUGAUUAUAUGUGUAAUUAGAAGCAUUUCGAUUGUUUGCUAUUCCAUCAGCUAUUACAGCUCAUAAGAAAAACUUUGCUUUGCACUGAAAAAAAUCACAGACUACCAAGUGCUAUCUUGUGUUUCUUCUCUGGCCAAAUAUUUAUCAUAUGGCAUGACCAGAAGAGGCAUUUUUGUAACAUUGUUUUUCUGUCAAUUGUUUAUUUUAUCAGUGAUCUCCUAAACAUGUUGGACAUCCAAACAGGUGUGGGGUUGUUUGUCAACCACUGACAAAAUACAUGUUUGAAACCGUUUGACCUGCAGUUAAAUAAAUACUUCAGAAACUGUU